ACUCACUCACCAGAGUGACGCGUCCUACUAUAGAGACAAUCUGUGAACCGAGUGACCACCGUUCCUCGCCUUGCGCCUUUGACCCCGCAUCGUCAGCAACUCCUCAUCCCGAUAUAAACCGGGCCUCUCAACUUUCUGCCCCCCUUUCGCUGCGAACCCAGAGUCCGGCCCAGCCAUCUGCAGGAAACAAAACAAAAGAUGAGCACCACCGCCUCCGCUGAUCGCCCCAUUUUCUCCAAGGGAGAGGACUGCAAGAGGUCGUGGCACGACGCCGACGCCGGCUACAACGAAGCCGACACCCACCUGGAGAUUAUGGGCAAACCCGUGAUGGAGCGCUGGGAGACGCCGUACAUGCACUCCCUGGCAACGGUGGCUGCCUCCAAAGGAGGUCGGGUUCUGGAGAUCGGUUUUGGCAUGGCCAUUGCUGCCACCAAAGUGGAGUCUUUCCCCAUCAAGGAACACUGGAUCAUCGAGUGCAACGAUGGCGUCUUUGCCCGACUGGAGAACUGGGCCAAGUCUCAACCGCACAAGGUCGUCCCCCUCAAGGGUCUCUGGGAGGAAGUUGCACCCACCCUCCCAGAUAACCACUUUGACGGUAUCCUGUAUGACACAUACCCUCUGUCUGAGGACACCUGGCACACUCACCAGUUUGACUUUAUCAAGGCUCACGCUCACCGAAUGCUCAAGCCCGGUGGCGUCCUAACAUACUGCAACCUGACCUCCUGGGGCGAGCUGCUCAAGGGAAAAUACGACAAUAUUGACACCAUGUUUCAGGAGAGCCAGGUACCUCACCUGCUUGAAGCCGGCUUCACGAAGGAGAAGAUAAGCACCACCACUAUGGACAUUGUACCACCUACUGAGUGCAAAUAUUAUUCCUUCCAUAAGAUGAUUACCCCCACCAUUGUCAAAGAGUAAAGUGCAAAACACUCCCCCCCCUUCCACCACCACCACCAUUGUGUGCCUUCUCCUUGUCCCUUCCUUUUUUGCUUCCUAUCAAUAAAAUCAAGCCCAUACCACCCAUGCCUGUGGGUUAUUGGUUUUCUCAAUUUAUGCUAAGAUGUCAAAUGAGGAUUGCUGGAAAGCUUCCACACUACAUUCUUGCCACUUUAUUUGGCAAAUUUAAUGGGCACUUGAUUGUAUGUAAGCACGUGCACAGUCAACAAAAGCUGUUUAAUGGUGAGAUGUUGAGAAAUGUUUCUUUAGCCUAAUGGGAUGCUACAAAAGUAGGUAGUGUAUGCAUUUUUGACUAAAGAUAGUGCAAGUCAAAAGAAGGUGAAUAUGGUGAACCCACGUGAAAUUUGUCAUUAGAUGGACAGAAGUCAAGUGGGGAAGUAAUAGUAGCCAUCAGAUCCCAGAUUCGUGUACAGGUGUCACAUGACUUGCAUAUUUUAGGAGUUGGGGUGCAGACCCUUUCCAAAAAAUUGCAAUACUGCAUCAUGAAAAGUAUUUAUUUUCAUAAAUCCAUUUCCAAAAGUAAAACUUUCAUAGAUUAUAGCUUCAGGAUCCAUAAACAAUUUCAAGAGAAAUUGUGAUGAUUGAGAUCAACGAAAAUGUAAUUUUUUGAAUGGAAUCAUGGAAAUUGAACUUUUGGCCCAGAGCUCAGUGGUUAGAGUGGUUUGGUAAACCAGGGGUCGUGAGUUCGUCACACUGGGGCCUCCACUCCCCGAGAGGGGGUGCGUCAGGAAGGCCAUCCGGCGUAAAAACUGUGCCAAACAGAUAUGAGCGUUCAUCUGAGAUGACACGCUGUGGCAACCCCUAACGGGACAAGCUGAAAGAAAGUUUUAUGGAAUCUGAACGUUUCCCUGAUAUUCUAAUUUGGAAAGUGUCUGUAUGCUCCGGCACAGGGUAGCAUGAUGACAAUAGCUCAAGUAGAAAUUCGUGCACUCUGGUUGCUAUAGUAACCUGGACUGGUGGAACAUAAAUGUGUAUCACUUGCUGUAAGUAAGGCAAAUACUGGUUUGUCAAAUGGCAGCAAAUGCAGCUCUGGAAAAAUUUAAAUCUAAAAAUCAACAAAGGUUUUGAGGCUUGUUUGUUAAUUUAUUCAAAUAUAUACAUGUAUGUAUGUAUGUAUGUAUUUCUUUCAGCUUGUUCCGUUAGGGGUUGCUAAAGGGUGUCAUCUCAGAUGGAUAUGUACUUUGUCAAUCAUUUUUUUCAGAAUUCAUUUUUUUCCCAGAACUGUCUAAUAGUAGUGUAAUUUUCUAGUGAUACGACAAUACACAAAUUAAAGCACCACCCAACAGUCAGAGAUCCGUUGGAUUUAUGUUGAAUUCCCCAAACAGUCAUGAAAUUUCAAAUUGAAACAAAAAUACAUCAACUCACAAAAAAAAGCUGAGUGAAACAACACACGACAGGUUUUUGCUUUUAUUCUUACCUACUUUUAGUCUGCUUUGACGUUCGGAUUUGGCGCCACCUGGUGGAUAUUACUGUAAAGAACGCGAACAAUCUAAAACUCGAUAUUUAGUUUUACACGACUGAGUUUGAG